AUGAAUCGCGAACUUGAGGAACUGAGGAUGCAAUCCCCGCGUCCCGAGACACCUGAGCCAGAUUCACGGCAGGGACGUCGGAACGGUGCGUCUGGCGUGCAACUGCUCGAUGCAGAAGGAGCUAUAUCGAUACAGUUAGAAUCAUGUCUGAAGCACAUAUUCGCGAAAUAUUGCACACCGCGACCGGUUCCUGCGCAGAAAGGGGCGGGUUUGCUUUCUCCACCAGAGGGUGCGUAUCUUGCCCCGGAGGGAUUAGACGCAUGGGCCCGGGAUACAAAUGGUGCUCCAUUCGACGAUGCGACGAAAGAGGAAUUGAUGGAAUUUCUAGACGUUACGGAGGAUGGUAAUUUAACAUUUAAAGGAUUCAUGCAAGUAUAUCAGCUACAAACGGAGAAUGAUGAAGAAGAAACAUGGAGAGAUUUGUCCAAUCACGGAUUUGAUCGGACCCUCAGACUGGUUGCUACGCGGAGAGAAGAUAUGGAUGCAGACGAGCGCGGCCCCUUGUGA